GCACACUUUGAAUCGAAUCGCGAAAUGGUCCGGAUUCAGUUUCAAAUUUGCAUGGCAUAGCGGCGGACGUAGAGCGGGAACAAAGCGCAAAUUUCGGAAAUCAUUAAUAAGGAAGCAUACGUUUGAAUUAUUCGCGGCGCGCGAUUGUGGGUCUCGAAAGUGAAUGCACUUGGCACCUCCGCACCCAAAAUCGGAUUCUCGAACGGAUUCUGAUUUAUCGCCGGCCGGUCUUUCAUUGUGCGUAUCUGUGCCAACCAGAAUGUGGGCGUGUCCGCCUCCGCCCCCGCCGCGCCACAGAGUAAAGUGUCGCGAAGUGAAGUGCGAGAAUGCCCGCCCUCGAUUUCCGCAAGAGUGCUGUGAAAUCCUGUGAGCUACGAUUCCUGGCUGCUGCGGUUGGCCUGCCAAAUAAAGCAAGAAAUAAGUUAAAACAUACGUUCUGUGCGGUCUGACUCGGUGGAAUAGAAGAAAUCCUGGCCAACUGGCGGAGCAGCCCAGUCACGUCCGCACCACCACAACUACUGCUCCUCCGGCACAGUGCGGUAUGCAAAUUCAACCGAGAAGACUUCAUAAAAGCAAUGCAAAUAAUUAAAUAACAACGCGGAGCAAACAGCACGCAGCAGCAUGACAUGCUACUUGAGUCGGCGAAACUUGGAUUAACUAGCUGUGCGAAAUAAAUACGAAAUACGAAAUACGAAAUACCAAGCACCAAACCAAAUACGAAAUCUGAACGUUAAUCCCAAACCAAUCCCAGCUCCGUUCCGCCCAGGUGCGACAUCCGACAGUUGCCGAUGCCCUCGCCCAGCGGAAUGUCCUGGCGGCAGAGGGAGCGCGGCGCAGGAGGAACUCCAGGUGGACGAGGGGCAGGCAUCCUGGCCGGGAGCGGGAGGAGUCCGGGAACUGCCAGCAUACUGCUGGCGUUUCUGGCAGCUGUCAGCUUUCGUGGCAUGCGAGCGCCGCUAGCAGCCACGGCCACUCCGAUGGAGAACGCCUCGCUAAUUGCCUCGCCUGCGACGGGGACAAGCACAAUGGGAUCGGCAGGAUCUCCUGUCCUGAUGCUGGGCGAUGACCAACAGCAGCAGGAGUACGACACAACCGUGGUGGAUUCGUGGAGCGACAGGCCGGACACUGCGACGCUAACAAAGGGUUUCUCGAUUCCCUCGUACUUGCCACCCUUUCCGGAAUUCAUACCAGCCGAUUUGCCUCACAUGCUGCGGAAUGCCUCCUCCGGAGCAGCUCCUCCCGCGGACAUCGGCCCGUCCGGCAGUCCGAUGCCAUCUAAGCCCAACGAGCAGUCCCGUCUCCACGCCUACGACAGCGAACAAAAGGCCCAGCAGCUGCGGCGAGAGAAGGAGCUGGCCAAGGAACGGGAGCUCCUGCCACGCCGCCAGCUCAGCCUGCCCCCGCUGAACGCCACCGUCCAAGCUGGCCAACAUGCCUAUCUGCCGUGCAAGCUCAACCAGCACUCGGGAAAACCGCUCUCCUGGGUUCGGUUGCGGGAUGAACAUAUCAUUGCGGUGGAUCACACAACCUUUAUCAACGAUGCCCGGUUCGCAUCGCUGCUCCAGUCGACCACCUUGACGACACUUGUAUCCGGAGGGGCCCUGUCCACAACUGCGACGCCCGUCGCUGCCCUGGGCAACUCCUUCGCCCACGCUGUUCCUGGGGGUCAGGAGAGGGGCAACAGCAGCAGCCUCAGCUGGACGCUGCAAAUCAAGUAUGUGAAUCUGGAGGACGCCGGCUGGUACGAGUGCCAGCUGGCAACGGAGCCCAAAAUGAGCGCCAAGGUGCAGCUGUUUGUGAUAACACCCCGAACCGAGCUAAUCGGCGAUCGGCAGCGCUUUGUGAAGGCCGGCAGCAGGGUGGAGCUGCACUGCAUCGUACGUGGCACCCUGGAGGCCCCCAAGUAUAUCUUCUGGUACCGUGGCGACCAACAAGUGACUGCCGAAAACGAGGCCAGCGGCGCCCAGAGCGGAUGGUACACGCAAAUCGACCGGAAUAUCUUCGGCAGCACCGAGCACAAUCGGAACACGAUUGGUUCCCUGGUCAUUCCUCUGGUGCGCAAGAUUCACUCCGGCAACUACACGUGUGAGCCGGAAAACAGUGCGGCAGCUUCUAUGCAGUUGCACGUCCUGAGCGGGGAAUAUUCUGCCUCCGCCAUAAAGUCGACUGCUGCUAGGCCCCACAGACUGGGUCACGGGUACACUAGUCUACACCAGUGGCUAAUCUUUCUUUUGGUGGCCCUGAACAAGACAUGAUUACUCCUUGGAGUCCUGGGAGAAGUCCCACCAUGAGGAGCGCUGGAAUUAUCAUAUGGUCGGGUGUUUUGUCUAAGACAUUAGUUUAACCUCUAGGUAAAAUGCACUCAAGCGAUUACAUUGUUUAUUCUGCUGAUACUUCUUUAAGUCAGAGCCGAACUUUCCGGCAAAAACCAAAAACUUUUUUAUACAAAUUCUAGACAUAACAAUGUUUCCUUUACUCUAGUAAUAGACCUAGUUCACUAAGUAUUAUAAUAAGGAACUAAUUCUGACAACCGGUUAUUUGUUAUUUGCGUAAAAAAAGCCAGAGACGUAUUGUUUUUAAAUAUUUGCAGAUUUGAUUUAUUUGUAGGAUUUCUUAAAAUGUAUUUAUUAACAUGUUUAUUAAGAAAUUCUGUUCGUCAUUUGAAAUUGCACUAAAACCACAUAUUAAUUUUCCCAUUAAAUUGUAAAAAGAACAAUACUUGAAAUGUGAACUAUAUUAGCAAAAAGUAUUUCAACUUUUAAAGAUGUAAAGCAACUGAUACUACUUAAUAAAGAACUAAUUGUUAAAAU